ACCCGUUUUGCUCUCGAGUCUCUCCCGGUUCGGAUCCAAAUUCAGCAAUCCGACCUGAGACCAAGACCGCGCACCACGCGGCUCGCCGCCGAUGGCGAACGCCGACGCCGACGAAGCGCCGCUGCUCUCUGUGGAACACCUCCGUCCAGGAUCCUGCAGCCGCGAGCUCGAGCUGCGGGAGUUCCGCGACCGCUACGUGAUCCGUUCGCUCGACGGCGCCGCCGCUUUCGCCGUCCUUCGCUCCGGCGGCUCCAUCCGCCCUCUCUCCCCAGAGGAAGCCGUAGCUGAGAGCGACUGCAAGGUUUCCAGAAUAUACGGCGUGGUCGGCACCAUAAGAUUGCUCGCUGGAGAGCUGCAUUUCAUUCCAUUAAGAAGAAAAACAGAGAUAAUACAAAACAGCCACCUCGCGGGGGCCAAGUACAAGCAUAUUGAUACUCAUCCAUGAAUAAAACACCCAAAGGAAGCUAUGUACUCGUUAUCACUUCUCAGAAAGAUGCUGGCUCUUAUCUGGGCUCCCCUGUGUACCAAGUGAACUCAAUGAAAUUCUUAUGCUGCAACGAGGCUAUCAAGCACUUGACUCCACAGGAAAGAAGGGAUGAGGCAUACUUCAUGUCUCUCCUGAGAAUUGCAGAAACUACUUGUGGAUUGUAUUAUUCAUAUGACAGGGAUUUGACACUAAACUUGCAGAGGGCAUCCAAGUUGGCUGCUGGGAGGGUACAUAAACCACUAUGGAAGCAGGCUGAUCCACGUUUUGUUUGGAACAAAAAUUUGUUAGAGGAACUUAUUGAAGCUAAGCUUGAUGAGUUCAUCAUCCCACUGAUACAAGGAAGUUUUCAGUCAGCACAAUUUACCUUGAAGGAUAGACCAGUGAGGAUAACAUUGUUCUCAAGGAGAUGCAACAGGCGUUUAGGAACAAGAAUGUGGAGAAGGGGUGCGAAUCUUGAAGGCGCCACAGCAAAUUUUGUAGAAACAGAACAGUUGGUUGAGUAUGAAGAUCUCACAUCCUCAUUUAUACAGCUUCGAGGUUCAAUUCCACUUCUCUGGGAGCAAAUAGUGGAUUUAAGCUACAAACCACGGCUUAGCAUUAUUGAACAUGAAGAAACUCAUAAGGUUGUUCAACGCCACUUUCAUGAUCUUUCACAACGAUAUGGCAAGAUAAUUGUUGCUGACUUGACUGAUAAACGAGGUGAUGAAGGAGAUUUGAGCAAUGCAUUUGCUGCUGAAAUGGACAGAAUUCCUGGUGUCAGGUAUAUACAUUUUGAUUUCCAUCAUGUUUGUCGUGGAGGUAACUUUGACAAUUUGCAAGCUCUCUACAAUCAAAUUGAGGAAGCUAUUCAUAAGCAAGGAUAUUUUCUUAUGAACACUAAAGGAGAGAUUUUGCUGGAGCAAAGUGGUGUAGUUAGGUCCAAUUGCAUUGAUUGCCUGGACCGUACAAAUGUGACACAGAGUUUCCUUGCAAGAAAAUCAUUGGAUUCUCAAUUGCAGCUGAUGGGAGCAUUAUUGUCAUCUGAAAGCAUUUCUCUCUCUGAUAACAUUCAUGAUACAUUCAAAAAAUUAUGGGUUGAGCACGGUGAUGAGCUGAGCCUGGAGUAUGCUGGCUCUUAUGCUUUGAAAGGGGAUCUAGUGAGAUAUGGAAGGCAGACAUUGCCUGGACUAAUUAAAGAUGGAAUGAGUGCUCUUUCAAGAUAUUAUUUGAAUAAUUUUCAUGACGGAGUGCGGCAAGAUGCUCUUGACCUUAUUAGCGGUUAUUAUACAGUCAGCCAAGGCAGCUCUUCUCCUUUUCAUAAUGGUGUUGAUUCUUCUUCGUAUCUGCCGGUGGCUUCAGCAAUCAUAGUUGGUGGGAUUACCGCGACAACUUUCACUCUCAGUCAAGUUGGACGGAACGCGCAGCACUUGAUCUCCUCCAUUAUCUGUGCGGGCUUAACAGUCGGAGUAGUAGCCUUGGUGAAAGCCAAUGGGAAACAGUUUUGCUCUAGGCCCCGUCUGUGUGGUCUAAUCUAAUCCUUGGUCUUUUCCCCCCUUCCCUUUCAUAUUGCCCUUUGUUAGAAAUUGAAUGUAAAAGGAUUAGAAUGUUGUUUUAUUCGUUGCAAGAGUAAGGUUAAAUAAGGAGGCAGGAUGGCCUGCCGGUCCCGUAAUCUGAAGCUGCUAAUUUGUAAGCCUAUAGUUUGGAUUUGCACAUUCUAUUUGUUAUACUUUUUAUGUAUCCAUGAAUAGAAAAUUACGCCUCGAAAUUCCAAAUUUGUAAUAAAUCCGAGAGACCACAUAUUUUUUUA